UAGAGACCCCACUGGAUGUUGCGGGUGGCGACCGUAAGAUCAUUAGCAAAACACCAGCCCUAACACCCUCCGGGAGGCUGAGCCUAGAAAAAUCAACUCGCGUUCCCAAGAGCUCAGGAGAGGAUCUCAGCGUAGACAGGCUGUCGUGCCUACCGGGAGGGUGGGAGCCGGGAUCACCCCAGCUCCUUGGCGCGUUUCCUCCGAGCUGGAGGAGGCCGAGGGUGGACCCCGGAGCCGUUGUCCAAGGCGAGGCGCCCGAGCGCCGGCGCGGGGAGACCGGAGGUGGGACGCGGCAGGCUGCGCUUUGCAGGCCGGAGGCAACGGGUGCGGAGCGCGCACGGCCCCUGAGAGCCGGCGCCUUCAGCAUGGAGUGGGAGUUCAACUUUCUGCUCUACCUGGCGCUCUUCUUCUUUCUGCUCUUCUUACUUUUCCUCCUGCUCUUCGUAGUCAUCAAGCAGCUGAAGAACUCCGUGGCCAGCACUGCCGGGGCGCUCCAGCCCGGGCGCCUCUCGCUGCACCGGGAGCCUUGGGGCUUCUCGCAAGAGCAGGGGGUGUGACCGGCGCCGCGCGGACACUGGCAGGAGGGCAUGGAGCUGUUCGGGCACCGAGCUGGGUCUCGGC